AUGCCCCGGUUAUUGAACUGGGAAACUUUAAUUUCCAUCUAUAAUAACCCGUACAAAACCUGGCUUGUUCAAAUUCCGCUUGUUCCCAAGGUCGCAUUAUUGGGAUUAUUGUGCUCAGAGGUUCAGAAUGGACACUUUCAAAUACCUUUUCCAAUUUGAGACCGACGGUCGGGAGAGAUUCUGGGCAAAAUGUGAUACACCUGAGCCCGUUCUCGGAGUAUCGGUUACUGCAUACCCGUCCUUUGAGGACUUGGUGGGAAACAGACAUCCAACGACCGCGAUUGUAGCAAAGCUGCUUCCACCCCUUCCCAAUAUGGACCUGCCGAUUUACUGUGUCGGGCUCAAUUAUAGGAGCCACGCAAAAGAAGCCAAUCUAUCUAUCCCUGCACAUCCUCCAGUAUGGACCAAGCCAGCAGCAGCAUUGUCCGCUCCGAAUGAGAGCAUUCCUGUCAGUCGAUUCUGUGCCUCGCAUCUUCCAGAUUGGGAGGGUGAACUUGUAUUCGUAACUUCGCGUGAGUGCCGUGAUGUUACACCCGAGGAAGCUUCAUCAUACAUCCUUGGAUAUACUGUCGGCAACGACCUUUCGUGCCGCUUCUUUCAGCUCCCUGAGCAGUCCGGUGGCCAAUUCUUCUACGCAAAGGCUUUUGACAAGUUUGCUCCCAUAGGGCCAGCUCUUGCGAGCCCGGAUACUUUCAAUAAUGGGAAAUCAACCGCAACUUUGGUAACACGCAUCAAUGGAGAAGUAAAGCAAAACACCAUCAUCCAGAAUGAUAUGGUCUAUACUCCUGAGCAGGUACUGAGCUGGAUGAGUCAAAGCACCACUGUCCCGGCACACACGGUGGUGAUGAGUGGAACCCCGGCUGGAGUCGGGGUUUUCCAGAAGCCGCGUCAACUCCUGAGAGAUGGUGAUGAAAUUGAAAUCGAGAUAUCCGGACUGGGUAUACUGAGGAAUAAAGUCAGUUUUGAGGAGGGCAAGGAUUCCAUGAUGUAA